AUGGGCUACAACCUCAGAAUGACCAUUUUGUUCCUCUCCAUGCUUAUCAGCUUCCUUUGCCAAACCCCAACUGAAGCUGCUCCAAUUGUCUACAAUCAUAACUGCACAAACACAACCACUUUAACCGCCAACAACAACUACCAAUCCAACCUCCUUUGCCUCCUCACUUACCUGUCCUCCAAAGCCACCUGCAACCUGGAAUUCUACAAAGCCUCCGUUGGAAACUCUAUUGACACAGUUUACGGCCUCUUCCUGUGCCUCGGCAACCUCCCUGCCUUAGACCGCCAAAAUUGUGUCGCCGUGGCAACCAAAGAGAUAGUCGGAUACAGCGCAGAGGAGAAAGUGGCCGUGGCUUGGUACUACUCUAACUUGUAUAUCUUCUCCACCAUGGCCUCUGAACCUGCCUCUUCUAUUUUGAGCACGGAUACAGUUUCGGAGCCUAAUCGGUUUGACAAGCUAGUGAUGGCAACAAUGAAUGGCUUGGCAAGUAGCUUUUCGAAUGUUGCGUCUAGAGCCAAGAAGUUUGGGACAAAAGAAGCGAAUUCCACAGCUUCACAAACACUAUACACCCUUGUGCAGUGCACGCCGGACCUGUCGAGUUACGAUUGCAAUAGGUGUCUUCAGAUAGCAAUGAAGAAUCUGUCAGGUUGCUGCGCAGGAAAGAAAAGUGGCAGAGUAAUGCUUUCGAGUUGCUAUCUUUGUGUCGGAGCUAUAGUUGAGGCCCUCUUUGAGAUGAACGAUUUGGGUGUCGAUGAGGUUGGUGAAAAUGGAGAGAACGUGCUCGAAGUAGGUGAAGAAGGGAGGGUAGUCGAGGGUCCAGGGGCUGGUCUCGUCGCAGUACCAUUUGGAGAGAGGGAGGGAGUGGGUGAGAGUGAACCAAUGGCGGUGGACCUCGAAAAUGAUCCAGUUGAUAGGCCAACAACAAAAUCCAUAGUUCUCAUGCUAAACAGUUACUCGGUUCCUCUGACGUCACCUAAAGAACCAGCAUAUUUCUUUAGCAGUGUAGGAGAGCAAAACAUGCAAUCAAAUGAGACAAAUUAA